AUGGUUCGUUGGCGGCUCCUAGUUCUGAGCUUUGUUCCUCUUUGGCAUAUAGGAUUUUGCCAGGAAGCGUUUAUGCAAAAUGAAACCGAAUUGAUUGACUCCAUAGUGAAAGACUGGAUGAAAUGUAGAAAUAUUCCAGGUUUGGGAAUAUCGUUGAUACGGGAUAGAAAAUUUUUUGCCAAGGGAUAUGGACUCGCUCGACUUGAUCAGCCUGUCAAUUUUACGGAAACAACACCAAUAUACGUCGCUUCUCUUGGAAAAGCAUUCACUGCUGCUUUAUUAGGAGUAAUGAUGACCGAGGCACGGAGUCAAUCCGUUAGUCGAGAUUGGGAUACAAAACUGUCUUCUGUAUUCAAAGAGAAUUUCAAGCUGCCGGAUAAAUUUCUUGAGUCCGAGUUGACAAUCAAGGAUCUCUUGAGUCAACGCACUGGAUUCAGUCCUGCGGAUGUUUACACUGGGUUGCCGAAAAUAGGCCGGAAAGAAUUUGUUAAGAGAUUAAAGUAUUUACCAAAAAGCGCCGCUUUUCGGGAUCAGUGGAUCUACAACGAUCUACUUUACUCAAUAGCUGGUCACGUGGCGGAAGAAUGGAUGGACACAGAAUAUGAAAGCUUGAUAGAAAGUAAACUUUUGAGGCCAAUCGGAAUGUUUCAGGCUGUCUGUGGGACCGAUAUAUAUCCCAACAGCUCAAAAACUGAAUACGCACUUCCAUAUCAUUACGCAGGAGAAGGACUGCGAGUAGGAAAUAAACUUAUUUACCAAAUUGGCGAUGUGGGUCCAGCCGGAUGUAUUUCAGCUUCGCCUCAGGAUUUGGCGAAAUGGAUCCGAUUUAUGUCCUCAGGGGGAAAGACAGUGGAUGGAUAUCAAUUAAUUCAUCCAGAUGUUUUCAAAGAAAUCAUUAAACCUCAAAUGAUCUUAGAUGAUUGGUCUAUAAAUAGAUUCCUUCUUGACAACGAUUAUCCUGUUCAGGCUUCCGGGACCUGGUAUGGAUUUGGAUGGUAUGGCGGGUCCUACAGAGGUUAUAAAAAGCUGCUUCACCCGGGAAACUGGUACGGAUAUUCUGCUGUAGCUGGAUUCUUUCCUGAUCAGAAGGCUGGAUUUGUGAUAUCCAUCAAUGGUCCCUGGUACAAUAAUUACAAAGUUACUCUUGCGCCAUUGACUUAUGUUCUCUCAGACAUUCUUUUAGGUGAAAAACAAUGGAUAGACAACAAUACUAUCUGUAGUUUUCCUUUCCCCUGGAAAAGCACAGGAACUUCCACAACAAACAACCACACAAUGUCCACCCAGUCAAACCAAAUGGAUAUGAACCAGUUUACUGGGGAUUACGGCCAUCGAAUCUUUGGGACUUUGAAAAUCAGGGAAAUAGAGUCGCAAAAACUUUCCUUUCAAAUGAACUCUGCAGGAAUAGGUAACCUCACCCUUGUGUCUGAUGGCGUGGGAAAAUUCCGGAUGACGUUCAACGAACUCCUGAGUGACGUUGCAGAGAGCACGUGUAGUCUGCAGUUUUUUACUAAAUCAGAGGGAAAAUAUCAGAAGGUCACUAUCUCCUGCCUUUAUUCUACUUUCGAGUACCAAAGAGGAGUUAAUUUUCUGAGUCCUGAACCAGAGACUGGUACAGCCGCAGUGAUUAUUCUAUCUUGGAUCCCUUUACUCUUUUGUUUUCUGAACGUGUUGCUAUGAAUAUUCCAAAUUUAUCAGCUGAACAAAUUCUAAAUUCUACCACAUACAGGUAUGUAAUAAAACAGGAACUAUACCAUGUUUACUCCAUCUUAAUACCUGUUAAACCAGAUGAAUACUGUCACUUCAACAAACUAUUAGACGAACAGAAAUUGUAACGGGGAAUUAUUUACCCUAAACUUAUUUCAGAAACUGACAAAAUAAUAAAUCAAGUGUCAAUUUUA